CUCCCAGUGGAGUCGGUGGUGAAAUGCACCUCCGUUUGCAAGGCUUGGUACAAUCUCAUCAAAGAUCCGUCUUUCAUUUCGGGUCAUCUGGAAGCUGCGUCUGCGUCUCCGUCUCCUCACAACGACCUUCUCCUCCUCAGAGUCGUUAGAUACGGUAGAGAUGUUUAUCAAUUGCGUCGGGACAAUGAUGCCUUAGAAGAGUAUAAGCAGUUCCUCUUUCCCUUCGCGCGCAGAGCUGGGUGUUUUACAGUUUUUGGCACAUGUAAUGGGCUAAUUUGUCUCGCAGAUUCCUGGGGUAUUAUUUUGUGGAAUCCUUCCAUCCACAAACAUUUCAUUUUGCCCAAAUCUGUUUUUCCCUCCGGGAUGACUUCUCGAUUUACCCUAGGUUUUGGGUUUGAUUCAAGAACAAACGACUGCAAGGUACUCCUGUUUGUGCCUAAGAGCUCCUCUACAGAAAAUUUGGCUGAAGUUUGGUUAUUUUCCUUAAAUAGGUGUUCUUGGACAAAAGUUAGUGAAAUUUAUCCAAAACAUGGUUGGUCUAGAUGUAAGCAGGCGGUAUUUGUGAAAGGUGCUUUUCAUUGGACUACAUAUUCAUUUAACUCGAAUGAUGACCUGUAUUCACAUAUGAUUUUGGCUUUUGAUAUAAGCACCGAAAAGUUGUAUACGAUAGAUUAUUCUGAAACUUUAGUUCAUUUUGCACACGAAUUGCUAUUGAUUCAAUACGAAGACUCUAUUGCAGUGGUUGCGCAGAAUUUUGAUGACGAUCAACUUGAGUUGUGGGUCAUGAAGGAGUAUGGUGAAAGUAGUUCGUGGACGAGGGUGUUACAUUCCAUUGACGAAAACGGAAAGUUUGUUUUUGAGGUUGAAUGGAUUGAUGUGUUUGGGGUAAGGAAGAACGGGGAAGUCUUAUUGAAAGUGGAAUGGGUGUAUGGGGAUGGUUUCGAGCUAGCUAGACUAAAUUUGAACUGCCACCAGCAGGAGCUGAAGCGUGUUCUUGGAAGCAAGGUGGAGUAUGAUGAUUCAUUUGUUGGGAGCUUCAUGGAGAGCUUAGUAUUACUUGACAUAGGGCAAGGAGAUACUGUAUGAAAUUGCUCUAUCUCUGGGUUUGAUUGAAAUUUUCGUUCAAUUCGUUUAAUGCCCGAAAGCCAGAUGUUUACUUAUUACAAGUAUAUGAUUUGAUGCAUUAUUUUUACUGGAUUCGGGCAAUAUGUUUUUAUGGUGUUUAGUUAGUUACUUGUGAAGUUUGGAAACAAGUGAUGUUUAAGGUUGGAAUUAUUGGGCAUUUGGGAUAUGUUUCUCUGAUCAUAUCGUAUAAGUUGAAAUUGGCCUCUUCAACAUAGUCAUCCUUCUUCUCUCCUGUUAGAACCAAACCAGAUUCCACCUCCAACUGGGCAUCUUUUUCCUCUGUUUCCAAGAAAUAUCAUCCGCCCAAUUCACAUUUUCAAGUUGUAAGUGAUAUUUUAGAUGAAGAGAUAGUUGAAAAAUUAGAUGAUCUUCCAAAUUAUUACCAGCAGGAGCAACAGUUGAUGCCUUUUGAAAUCAGGGUGAAAUGUAAUGUUUCAAUUGUUAUGGGCUUUGUGGAGAGUUUGGUAUUGCUUGACAAAGGGGAAGAAGAUCCUGAGGGGCAGAAUGGGUUUUCGCUUUAUGUCAACUCUUUUCCCCAACUGUUCGACGAAAUGCUCAAAUGAACUCCAUGGUUGUUUCUUACAUUUUUGGGGAUCCUUUGGCUGACCAGGGGGCUUCUAUUAAUCCCCAAGAUGUUCCUGGGAGUUCAAAUGCACGUGUUUUGGAUCCCUAUCAAGACAUCAAGCCUCCCCAAGGUCACCACUCCUCAAGCUUGGCUCUGGUUUCAGGCCCCAAGUCUGGUUCAGACCAUUUCCCAAACCCCCUGGCAGCAGCAAGGCAGUCAUGCUCCAAGUUUUGCCUAAGUUCUUGCCCGUGCUGUGGCAGAAACGUAGCAGGCAACCAUAAGCUCCGGAGAAAGAUUUUCCUCAGCAUCCAUCCAUCCACUCUGUUUCUUUAGGAAUCUGAGAGAAGUGGAAGACCUCUUCAAUUCCCACGUGAAAAUUAUAUUUUAGAGAGAGUUAGAGGGGUUUCAUCAAACCUAAACUCUCCAAGAUGUCUGACUAUUUGCCUCCUGAACUCAUCACUCAUAUCCUCAGGAGACUCCCUGUGGAAUCAGCGGUGAAAUGCACCGCCGUCUGCAACACCUGGUACGCUCUCAUCAAAGAUCCCACUUUCAUUUCCUCUCAUCUGCAACAGGCUGCGUCGUCUCUUUACAACAACCUUCUUCUCUGUUUUGAAAGAGAUGGAAGAGAGGUUUAUCAUUUGCGCCGCAAUGAUGACACUACCUUUGAAGAAGAGCACAAGCAGUUCUGCUUGCCCUUCCAGUGUAGAUUUGGAUCUUUUAAAACUAUCGGUACGUGUAAUGGGUUGAUUUGUCUCGCAAAGGCUGCAGGUCGUACUUGGAACAUAAUCUUGUGGAAUCCUUCCAUUCACAAGCAUUUCAUUCUGCCCAACCCUGAUAUUCCCUACACCAAGUCUUAUGAUACUACCUUUGGUUUUGGGUUUGAUUCGGCAUCGAAUGACUACAAGGUACUUCUAAUUUUGCAUUUCACAAAUAGAGAAAGGGUGAUUGAAGUUUGGUUAUUUUCCUUAAAUAGACUUUCUUGGACGAUGCGUCAUGAAGUUAGUCCGAAUCGAAAAGUAUGUUUGACCAUUCGGAUGCGGUUUUUGUGAAAGGCAUUUUGCAUUCCCCUACAACUUUUCGUGACUCGGAGAAGCGGCGUUUCUCAAAUAUGAUAUCGGCUUUUGAUGUGAGCACCGAAGAGUUUUAUGUGAUGAAUUAUCCCGAAACUUUGGCUAAUAUCGAGUAUGAGAUGUCUUUGAUUCAGUACGAAGAAUCCAUUGCGGUGGUUAGAAGAAGCUAUAGAAAUUCAAAUGACAGGCAAUGUGAGUUGUGGGUCAUGAAGGAGUACGGCGUAAACAGUUCGUGGGCAAAGGUGUUAGUUUUUGAUGCACGAUUGCUUAGUGCAUUUGGGGUUAGGAAGAAAGAGAAAGUUCUGUUGAAAGUGAGAGGGGAGCUUGAGCACGAGCUAGCCACAUUGGAUCUGAACUGCCACCAACUCAAGCGUCAUGCUGGAAUCAGGAUAAAAUCUGGGGAUUCAUUUGUUGGAAGCUUUGUGGAGAGCCUUGUUUUGCUUGACAUAGGUAAAGAAGAUCCGGAAGGGCGUUCUGAAAUCUGAUUGAAAGUGAAAUGAAAUUAACUGGUAAGAGUACACCAUAUCUCUUAUUCUCUCCUAUUUUUCGUACAUGUUCUCCCCAAUUACUUCUAUUUGGAAUGUGGUGGUUGAUAUAUAUACUCACUAGGAGUAUUUCUGUUUCACUUGUGAUGGAUUGAAGACUAUAUUGCUCAUGUUAUGUGGCUCACGUAUUUACCAUUAGUUAAUUCUAGUCCAUGUGUUUUUAUGCUGUUUUGUUGUGAAAAACACAAGCAAGUGAUGUUUUUGAGAUUGGAUUUGUCUUUAUGG